CUCAUAACAAGUGAUUGAGAGGAGACCACUGCAUGGUUAACUGCUGACACGCGACAGGACUUUAAAGGGACUGUGGAAGGUAGCUGAUUAAAACCAUGUCUGGCAGGAUGAUUGAACUGGAAGAGACUGCAACCCAGACAGGUCCAAAGGGGGUAAUUAAUGACUGGAGGAGGUUUAAGUUAGAAAGUAUGGAUCGUGAAAAUCUGCCUCCUGCAAAAAGAGAGCUGCUGAGGCAAAUGUCGUCCCCCAAUAAGUCACAAGAUGAUGCCAGGGCAAACCUUAACCGCAAGAUGAGUGUCCAAGAGUAUGAAAUGCUCAAGGAGGAGGACGAAGGAUGUCUAAAGAAGUACAGAAGACAAUGCAUGGAAGAGAUGCACAACAAGCUCAGCUUCGGCCCAAAGUUCGAAAGUGUCCACGAACUGGACAGUGGAGAGGCGUUCCUUGAAGUCAUUGAGAAGGAACAUCAUACCACAGUGGUGGUGGUCCACAUUUACAAAAUCGGGGUGAAAGGAUGUGAGCAGCUGAACAGUUGCCUGGACUGCUUGGCCGCUGAGUACCCCACCGUAAAGUUCUGCAGGAUCGAUGCUGUUGCAUCUGGUGCUGCCGAGCGUUUCUCUGAUGAGUAUUUACCAACGCUGCUGGUGUACAAGGCCGGAGAGCUGCUGGGAAACUUCCUGUCCUGCACGCAGCACCUAAACGAGGAGUUCUUUGCGACCGAUGUUGAGGCCUUCCUCAACAGCUAUGGCCUGCUGCCAGAGAAAGACCUACCAGGGAUGGAGGAUGAAGAAGAACAUGACGUAGAGUAAUCAAAGAGUUUGGCUGCUGAGGAGGAGAAUGUGUGGUGGCAUCAAGAGGCUGGGAAAUCAGGUUUGAGUAAAACAAUUUGUAAAUAAAAUAUGACGAGUGAAUGUUUUGGAUUUCGGCAAACAGGAAAACCAUUUUCCCACCAGAACGUAAUGGACUGGUUAAAAUGUUGUAGUC